AUGCAAGGGAAUCUCUGCUUAACGGUUGCCUUUGUUGUAAUCGCACUGGUAUCUCGGGUAACAGGUAAAGCGUUACCCAAAGAAGAACAAGCACAGCAAAAUGGACUUAAUCAGGCAAAUCUUCAGAAAGCACAGAACCGCGACGGUUACGAUUACCCGGCACCCAGCGAGGGUUUAGUAGAUACUCACGCUUAUCCGGGACCCAUUGACCACGACCAUCACGAUGAGCACCAUGAGCACCAUGACCACCACGAUCCAGGCUACUGGAAAAAGAAAGUCACGUGGAAGGAGGGAUGGAAAAAAAUAUGGAAGCCAGCGAAGAAGCAAGCCUACAAAGUGGGGUGGAAAAAAAUCUAUAAACCACUGUGGGUCGACAUCGAAGUCCCGGCAUGGCAAGAAGAGAAGCAAGUAAAAUGGCGAAAAGUAUGGCAGCCCUACGUCGUUUCUGCCUGGAAGGAGAUUAAAAAGAAGGACAAGAAAUUAACCUGGCAAGAAGCGUGGAAGCAGAUAAGCGUGCCGUACUGGAAGGAUAUUUUAGUACCAGGAUCCAAGAAGAUCUGGAAACCUGUUAUAAUAUCCGAGUGGUUCCCCUCACCUGACCACCACGACCACCACGGCCACGGCGUGGAUAGAAGCGAUACACCAAAAAGCACUCAGACACCGCAAACUGCUCCCCAUGAUUCUACUACGACCGCACCAGUUGCGAUUCAGUGGAAGUUCCCGAAAUAA